GAAGCUUUCUGCCAUUUUGGCUUGAUCUCAUGUGAGAGCAUGGCGGUGGAUAUGAGAUUGCCAACUGUUCACAAACACAUAUCACUGGCAACAUCACAAACUCAGCUGGACAGCAAACAUCUGGUGGUUCCUGGUGAUAUCAUCACAUCAGACACCGGGUUCAUGAGGGGUCAUGGCACCUACAUGGAUGAAGAGCGGCUCACAGCGUCAGUGGCUGGAGAGGUAGAACGAGUCAAUAAACUCAUCUGUGUGAAACCACUUAAGACCAGGUCAACACCUAAACACCACAUUAUGAUAUCAACACAUACACAAAACAGCAGUGACACAAAUAAAUGCCAGGAAAGAUACAAUGGUGAAGUUGGUGAUGUGAUUGUUGGCAGAAUUACAGAGGUGCAGCAGAAACGAUGGAAAGUGGAGACGAAUUCCCGUCUGGAUUCUGUGCUCCUGCUGUCGUCAGUCAAUCUACCUGGAGGAGAACUGAGAAGACGAUCGGCUGAAGAUGAGCUGGCCAUGAGAGAUUAUCUUCAGGAAGGAGAUCUCAUCAGUGCAGAGGUUCAGUCUGUAUUUUCAGAUGGAGCUCUUUCUCUGCACACACGCAGUUUGAAGUACGGAAAGCUGGGUCAGGGUGUGCUGGUGCAAGUGUCACCAUCUUUAGUGAAGAGACAGAAAACUCAUUUCCACAAUCUACCGUGCGGAGCUUCUAUAAUCCUGGGGAACAACGGUUACGUGUGGCUGUAUCCCACACCAGGAAAUCAGGACGAGGAGGCGGGAGGGUAUUACACCAGCAUGGAGCCCGUGUCUCUGUCGGAUCGAGAGGUGAUCUCCAGGUUGAGGAACUGUUUGUUGGCUCUGUCAGCUCAUAAGGUUCUGCUAUAUGACACAAGUGUGCUGUACUGCUAUGAAUCCUCCCUUACACACCAGAUUAAAGAUAUCCUAAAGCCAGAGAUCAUGGAGGAGAUCAUCCUCGAGACACGACAGCGCCUGGUUGAGCACGAAGACUAAAGAACAAAAUAAUUCUGAUUCAGCCUUUUCGUGAUUGAAAUGUAACAAAUGAUUUAUAUGCUUAAAACUUUUGAAUAAAUACAUU